GUAUUGUUGGCUGCGUAAACUUGAUCCCUCCUGAGUAUAGUACUACCAUCGGAUGUCCGAUAAAGCAGCUCGGAGCCACACCCAUACGUCAAAUCGUGCAAAGGCACGGGCAACUACAGAACGAAAAGACGUUUUUAAAAGCGUCCUUGAAAAUCCAUUCCGAAUACAAUGGCCCUCAAUCCCAUCAAACGCGCAAAACUUGUUCCUCGCGACACUCAUAACCACUUUGGAAAGCACGACAAAGAGCAGAAGCCGAAAAUCUUCCAAGCCAUACACUAGGAAAGCUCUACCCGGACCGGAAAUCGCAGAUUCGGUGGAGGGGACAAACCCGAGUCCAGACUCGAUGAUGUGUUCAAAAACAUCUGCAUGUGCCGCGGGUUCUACUCCUUCGCCGUCUCCGGUCGUUAGUCAUUUUGCGCCAUCUUCGAGCCACACGACCAUCGGCAUCAACGAAGUGACAAGGAGGCUUGAAUCGCAGUUGAAGUCUGUCCGACAUUCGGUCACACUCACUACCGCGUCUCAUGCCAAUCCAAUUUCCCCCGACAUUUCUUCCAUUGCUGCCGUCUUUGUAUGCCGUGCCGAUGUCAAUCCUUCGAUAUUAUUGGAUCACAUCCCUCACCUUGUGGCAGGAUACAACUCUGCACGACCUGUAUCCAACCCUCUGGGACCUCGGAAGCCUCUGAAAUUGAUCGUUCUACCAAAAGGCUCAGAGUCUGCACUUGCCCAGGCGCUCGGUUUGAGACGAGCGGCGGUAAUAGCCGUGCAUGAUGAUGCCCCAUAUUUACCAAUUUUUUGCGACAUGCUUCAAUCUGUACCUAUAAUCAGCGCACCUUGGCUUGUUCCUCCAGUCCAGCCCAAUACUCCGAAAUGCUUGAUUCCCACUCAUAUCAAACAAUUACGCACCACUGCACCCAAAGACAUGAAAUCCGCAAAAGAACAAAGGGCAAAGGCAAGAAUUGCAGCUAAGAAGAAUAGUGCAAAGCCCAGGCCCAAGAAACGUGUCAUUGCGACAUCAAGACCAGACACAUAAUGAACCCCCGAUAUACAACGAUAGGCUCCAUACCAUCAGUUGUUGGUUAGGUGCACCGCUCUCUUAUCGGAGUCUUGUAUCAAUUCUAGAUAGCAGUUCUGCUGCCUUCACUGUCUGGCAAUACGACGCACGUGGGUAAAGUUCAUACGAAUUAUUGACAGAAGUCAAGCAGUAUAUGGGUUUACGCGUUUCGUUCAGUACUCAUAUGGUGAACUAACGUGUUCGUCACACCUACAUGGUU